CAAUCCGCUAAAAUAAAACAAGGAAAAUAAUGUUGGCGACUCUCUGCAAAGGAGAGGAGUUGUUUGGCCAAAAAUUCGCUAUAUUUGUCACUACGCGGUUUUUUCGAAAAUAACAGUUACAUAUUACUUUUUAAAAAAAAGUCGCUCAAGAGGUUUUUUUUUUUUUUUAAAGUUUCCAAAUCUAGGGAGAGUUGGUUACACUGGCGGUGACAACUGCAGCCUGACUGGGAGAGAAGAUGCCAGCAGCAGAGGAAUUACAUGGCACCAACAAACUUGUAGACAACAUCUGUAGGCUUUCUCCAGAUCUGUUAGCGGAAGCAUGUCAGCACAUUCUGACUUAUCUUCAAGGGCAGGCUAGAGGAGUAGAUUCAGCUGAAAUUUCUGAUAGGUUUCAGAGAGCUGGAGUCAGACUUGACCAUGAAGCUCUGCAGAACAUUAUCAGAUUUCUUUUGAUAACAUUCAGGUCGGCUGGGAAGAACAACCUCUCUGGAGAUGACCUUGUAAUGAGGCUGGAAGAAGGCAGUAACAAGUGGUCCAAAGCUUCCCUUCAGGUGCUGCACAGCUUGUGGAGUGAACAUGGUGCAUUAGUCCAUGCUCAGCAACAGGUUCAGACCAUGUUAAGCAUCGGCCAGUUAGUGGACAUACAGUGGAAGCUCGGCAUGGCAGUGAGUUCCGACACCUGCCGAUCUCUCAACUCCCCGUAUGUGUCUCUGCUGCUGAAGAUCAUUGAGCCCUCUGGACAGAUUUGUCAGAGGUCUUUUGAGAUGACCAUUCCCCAGUUCCAGAACUUUCACAAGCAGUUCAAGGAGAUGGCAGCUGUUAUGGAGACUGUAUGAUGGCUGCAAGGACACCUAAGUCCUUUGCAGAAUUAUGCCCCAGUUUACAUGUAACCACUGGAAGAACAGCUCGAGCCAGGUUUUUGUCUGUCAGCUGUCUCAGAAUGUGGAUCCGAAUUACUGCAAUUGUUAUUUGUCAGUUUUGCACUUCAGUUUUAAGCGAUUUACUGCAGCUGGUAAAAUAGCUGAAAAUGUUUGUCGUCACUUUGAAUGCCAAGAUUUCAGUGUACUCCCUCCUUUAACUUAUUCAGAUAUAUUGAAUUUUAGUUUAGGGACAUGUAGCAUAGAGGGCUGAACAAUUAAUCGAAAUAUAACCAAAAAUCACAAUAUGGCCCAAGUGCAAUAUCCAAAUCGCAGGAGCUGCAAUUUUUUGAUAAAGGCAAAAUGUGUCACAGCAUAUCAUAAAUGUAGCAUUGUGGUGCUACAGAGACGCCUUGGCCUACAAAUCAUAUUCCCCACAUGUAAAGGAACAUGCUUGUUUGGUAUAAGCCCCAUCAAAAAUUUCAAAAUCAAAAUUUUUCACUCAAAACUCAAAAAUGACCAGUCCGACUGAAGUUGUAUUGCAUAUCUGCCAUAAUAUGUUUUUUUUUUUUUUUUGCAUAUUGUUCAGCCCUACUGGUGUAUAACUACUCUGCUAGUACUACAAAACCCUGACUAAUAUUCUAAUUGUGCUGCAUUUGUUUAUUUGUUACAAACAUUGAUAUGGUUUAGCUUAACUGCAUUUUGUUUUUCUGGCUUUGAUCUUAUAAUAAAUUUCCACAGUGAGUCAACCGUU